GGAGAAAGUGUUCAGGCAGGCAUGACUUACUCUGACACAUUGCUUGUUGAUUGGGCCAAAAGGAGUUUCACCACAAUUAAAGCAAACCAAAAGUGGAGGACAGCGUCAAUCUUUCCAGUGAAAGCCAGAGUUUGCGUCAUUAACAAAAAACCCAAACAAACAAACAAACAAACAAAGAACUACAACAACUGCGACAUCUAGCCCACUCACAGUCUACACUUUGGAUCAUUUUUUUACGGAACUACGUUUUUCUGACCCGAAGUUUAUAUAAAUGUUGUAAAUGGCGAGCGACAACUCUUCGUUCUCAAUCCAUAACAUUUUGAAUCGAGGACUUGAUUCUCAGAAAAAUAACCGACUCCCCCGGGAAUACAGCGACGCACUUCUACAGUCAGACAUUCUCGGGAGGGUAGAAGGAAUAAACUGUCCUGGAUCCACUCAGUGUCGGGGAGGGAAUGAGGAUGGAAGCAGAAAGGGAAGCAUCGUGUACGGACACAGCAGGGUCGCCCCGUGUGCGCUCGACCUUGACACAUCAUCGGACAGACAGUCCUGUGGAGAGGAGUCUACGGGAGAGGAGACAAUGCAUGCAGAACAUAGACAAAAUCUUGAUGUACAAGUUCCAGAUUUGGAGCGAGAGAAGAGGGAGAGCUGUGCUUUUUCCGAUCAUCACCCUAAAGCUAAUAAGAAACGGUGCCGUGCCGCUUUCUCGCACGCGCAGGUGUGUGAGCUGGAACGCCGCUUUAACCUGCAGCGCUAUCUGUCCGGCCCGGAGCGCGCGCACUUGGCAGGAGCGCUCAAACUCACCGAGACUCAGGUGAAGAUCUGGUUCCAGAACCGCAGAUACAAAACGAAACGGCGACAGAUGGCGGCCGAGCACGCAGCUACCUCGGCGUCCACGCUGGCCAAGCGGGUGGCGGUGAGAGUGCUAGUAAAGGACGACCAGAGGCAGUACGGUGCGGAUGACUUUCUCCCGUCUCAAUAUCUGCGCCUGUACCAGUCAUAUCAGUGCUGCCCUUACAUGUACUGCGUUCAGCCCUGGAUCUCGAACAGCGCGCUCAAUGGAAACCUGUACUGACAGCUUCCCCGGCUUCACACUCACUAAAAGCCAUACGGGUUUUUAUUCUAAAUGGUUUUUUUUUAGGACACAGAGGAGCGCAUACACCGUUUAAUUUGUAAGCUAAAUGGUUGCUAAGACUCUAAAGGUUAAAACUAUCUUGAACGAUAGCUUUUGAUUUUGUUCUGAGAAAUGGAAGCAAAUUCUUAUGUAUUUGAGAUGCAAGUAAGAGCAUAUUUUCUUUGUUUGUGACAGCUAAAAUAAUGGAUAAAAAUCGAAUUUUGUAUGCCUUUUGUGAUUUAUUUCUGUCAUUCUUGUUAAUUAAUGUACACUAAUAAUCCGCUGCCAUAAAAAGUUUACUCUGCACACUGUACCUCGAUACUGAAUGAACUGGGUCUAUGAUCCAAGUUGGUUUAAGAUUCAAGUUUGACAUAGUUAACCAAUAAAUAAUUUGAAAUCACA